AAGCUGCCAACUCAGAACUCUUAUCUUUUUAAUACGCCGUCGUUUGUCUUGUCGAAUCUACUCUCAAUACAUAACAUACGAACAGAGACAUCAUACACAAAGGCCACAGACAAUUAAAGCAGUUCCUCGAUCAGUUUGAAAAUUUUCAAAAUCGGAGAGUGUUUCCUUCGAUAGAAGUUUCAUCCUUAAGCAGAUCUGAAGAGGGUUGUGAGAACAAAGAGGAAACAGAAUGACGCAUAGAGUAGAACAGGAUUACGAUUACUUGUUCAAGAUCGUGUUGAUCGGUGAUUCAGGUGUCGGGAAAUCAAACAUAUUGUCUAGAUUCACAAGGAAUGAGUUUUGCUUGGAGUCUAAGUCCACUAUUGGUGUUGAAUUCGCCACGAGAACUCUUCAGGUUGAAGGAAAGACAGUAAAGGCACAGAUAUGGGACACAGCAGGGCAAGAGCGGUACAGAGCCAUCACAAGCGCUUACUACAGAGGCGCAGUAGGUGCACUUCUUGUCUACGACAUCACCAAAAGACAGACCUUUGACAAUGCCCUAAGGUGGCUACGGGAGCUAAGAGACCAUGCGGAUUCCAACAUUGUGAUCAUGAUGGCUGGGAACAAAUCCGAUCUAAACCACUUGAGAUCGGUUUCUGAGGAAGAUGGUCGGAACCUAGCUGAGGCAGAGGGUCUCUCUUUCUUGGAGACAUCUGCUCUUGAAGCCACAAAUGUCGAGAAAGCGUUUCAGACCGUGUUGACAGAGAUUUAUCACAUCAUCAGCAAAAAAGCUUUGGCUGCUCAAGAAGCAGCGGCUGCUAAUUCAGCGAUUCCAGGGCAAGGAACAACGAUUAAUGUUGAUGACACAUCUGGAGCUGCCAAAAGUGGUUGCUGCUCUUCUUAAUUAUAAAUGGGUUUUCUUUUGCAUCUUUCCCUUCUUCUUCUCUCUUUUCUUUUUUGAUUUUGUUUUGGCUGAUGAAAUCUUUGAUGGGCUUGUUUUCAGAAGAAGAAAACUAAAAAAUGAGCUUGUUAGUAUACUUCUUUUCUUUGUGUGUUCUCUAUUAUGUUCCGGAUAGUUCAGGUUUACAAUUGUUCUUUCUUUUUU